CGUUCCAAUUGGCCGCUUUUGCCGAAGACACGUUUCGUCGUCUGGUCCACCUAACCUUGACGUUAAUCUGACAGACGUUUUGAAUGAAACUAUUCGGAGCAAUUAUGAUCUAGUCCGAGAUAGGAUAAACGUUCGCGAGAAUCGUUUUACCCUUAUUCCACAAGAAUAGAACAAAUACUUCUUUUUGUGCUUCCCUUUUAUAAUUUUUUUAUAAAUAUAUUGUAAUCGCGUCAAUAGCCGGUGUGGUAUAAUGCGAGCACCGACCAGCGUUGUUUUUCUUAGCGUUUUUGUGAUCGUAUCAACUUGCAUGAGCAGUGUCCAAUGCGAAAAGGGAAAGUUGGGCAAGGAGGAACUCAAGUCCCAAAAAUUUCCACCUUGCGCAGCCUGCAAAAUACUUACCAACAGUUUUAAAAAGGGUAUAGAAAAGACGAGUCGUGGAAAAUUUGAAGGGGGAGACAGUGCUUGGGAAGAGGACAAGUUAGGCUCAUAUUCAAGAAGUGAAAUACGAUUGAUUGAGAUACAAGAAAACUUGUGUAAAGAUGUUGAGCGGGGUGAAACGCAAUGCCACUCUUUAGCUGAAGAAUUGGAGAGUCAGAUAGAGGAAUGGUGGUUCAAGUAUCAAGAUAUUCAUCCAGAUAUAUACGAUUAUAUCUGCAUUGAAAAGACAGAGCAUUGUUGUCCGAAAGAUCAUUACGGUCCGAACUGUGCACAGUGUCCAGGAUACCCAGAUAAAAUUUGUAGCAAUAAUGGCAAAUGUAAAGGAGCUGGCACAAGAAAGGGAAAUGGUGGUUGUUUCUGUGACAAAGGAUAUAUUGGAGACAUCUGUUCUGAAUGUGCUCCAGGAUACUAUGAAUCCUAUAAAGAUGAAAAGACCUUGCUAUGUUCUGCAUGUCAUGUGGCGUGCAACGGAUCUUGUAGAGGUGGUGGACCAAAAGAUUGCGAAAAAUGUGCUGCUGGAUGGCACAUGAUUGAAGACAAAGGCUGUUUUGAUAUUGAUGAAUGUUUAAAAAGUGAUGCUAUUUGUCCUGGUAAUCAAUUUUGUGUUAAUAAAGAAGGAAGCUAUGCUUGUUUGGCUUGUGACAAAGCUUGCAAUGGUUGUACCGGUGAUGGGCCAGACAUGUGUCUCGAUUGUGCUGAAGAUUUCCAUAAAAAAGAUAACAUGUGCAUAAAUUCAGAUCUUCUUGGUCGCAAGAAACAAGAAAAUCUGGCCAGAUAUCUGACAUAUUUCGGACUUUGUGUAGCAACAUGUAUCAUUUUGCAGCGCAAUGUUUAUGCAGCAAGUGUAAUCGGUUUAUUAGUUGCAGUUUAUAUAUCUGUCUCAGAGUACAUGAUCGCGCAUAGCAAUGUCCAGGAUACAACGGCAAACGUGGAUAUUUUAGGACCAGCUUAAAUAGGAAUGCAAUUUAAAGAAGUUUUCUAAAGUUAUUUCAAUAUACCGUAUCUCGAUCAGGAAUCGUUAUCCAUAUAAAAUAGGUCUUAAAUAUUACAAUUAAUAUAAUUAUUUUUUAUUAGUAUUUAAUAUUUUUAUUUAUUAAUAUUUUUUUUUGUUAUAUAUUUUUGAGAAACUAUCUUUGAUUUAUGUGUUCCUGAUUAUAUGUGCGUGAGUAUGUUCGUUUUUAAUCUACGUAUAUGUUUUAUGUAAUUUUACAUUUAUAUAUAUAUGUAUGUAUGUAUAUGUAUAUACAUACAUAUGAUUUAGAUAUGUUAAAGUUUCUAAAAAAUUAUAUGGCUAAUUUUUUUAAAUAUUAUCUUGUGUCUAUCAUUUAUUAAUGCUGAUUUCUUGUUUAAUAUAUUUUCUUUAUUGUAUACAAGUUAUUGUACAUAUUUCAUUGUAGAAAAAAAUUACAAGAUAUAGAUUUAAAUUACAUAUAAUAUAAAUUAUAAGCAUACAACAUACACAUUACUUAAACAUUUUUAUACUAAAAGAUUUGAAUAACUUUUUCUGAUCUAUAAUAGUUUCUGAUAACUACAAUAUAAAUAUCGAUUUCAACGAUGAAAACAUAAUAAUAUUACCAAUAAUUAACAUUAAAUGCAAAUUCUUAUUUCAUAUUUAUUUCAUAUUGUUUUGAUUGUAUUUUAUUCAAUUAUUAUAUCAAAUAUUAUAGAAAUUAAUUAUGCUGUAUAUGAAUGUAUAAGAAAAUGCAAGGUAUCUUUACAAAAAUUUAUAUUAAUUUAUUACAAAUGUGUAUUGACAUAAAACUAAUAUUCAGUAUAGAAAAUCUAUUACUUGAAUAAAAUUGUAUUCUUAUCUUCUUCUUAUUAUAUAUGCUAAUCUAAUAUAAUGGUAUUAUAAAAAUAAUUCGGAAAUAUUUUUUAUCAAAUUGUAAAAUUAAUUAUAUUACAAAAAAUCUCCUGUAUUAUAUGAAUACAGAUUUGAAUUGAAUGGUAUACGUUGCAUUUAGUUUAAUAAUUUUAUAAAUAGUUUUAAUGAUUUUUGUAUAUGGGAUACAUAAAAUAUGAGCGAGUUUUUUUUAUUUCAUCAAUUGAUUAAUCGUAUUAUAACCAAAUGCAGCUUUUACAGAACAAAGUUGCAUUUGCUCAUAAUGUGAGUGAUCGAUCGAUCAAUUAAAAAACUCGCCCUAUUUAAGAAUAAGUGAUAAUAUUGUAUAGAUGACAUUUAAAUCAAUAUUAAUACUGUAUAUUAUUCAAGAUUUGUAUGUUUUAAAGAGAAUAUUAUUUUUAUUAAAUGUAAUGAUUACACAAUCAUAAAUUUGCAACAUAGGAAAGUUUCAUCUUCGAUUUUUUUGUAAUCUAAUUAUCAUUCUUUAUUGACAUCUAUUAUUUCAAAAAAAUUUUAUUUUUAAAUUUUUGUUAUUGAAUUUUUUAAAUUCUUUAUUAAAGUAAAUAAUAUUGAACAGGAUAAAGUAUAUUUAAUUGCACAAUUAUUAUGUUGCAAUUGAUUUACAUAUUUGAAAAGAGACAAAUUUAUAAGGAAAAGAUUUAAAUGAUAUGACUAUACGAGUAAAUAUCAACUUGUAAUGAUCGUAUUUUCGAGUGCUAUUUAGAUUCACUAUUGAGUAUUACAUAGAUAUUAUCUAGUAAUCUUAUCUAGUAUUAUCUUAAAGGAAAAAAGUUCUAUUAAUAUUUAAUAUUUAAAUUGAGUGAGUGCAUUGCUCGAUGGUCAAAUUAAUAAUUUUCACAUUAAAGUUUCAUUCGUACGAUAUUUGUAUAUUAUACAAAAAUAUACAUAUAAUACAGGUUACAUGUGAUAUAGUUUCUUAAAAGUUACCGUUUUAUGACACUAGAUGGCCAAAUACUAUAUUUUCUCGUAAUUAAAUAUCACCAACUUACACUAUUUCUUCUGUGAUAGUCUAUACAUGUUUAUAACAACUUUAUAUCCAUAAUAUAUUUUUUGAAAUGUU